GAGGUGCGUUAGUGUGGCCUCACUAUAUAUGAAACCGUUGCAGAGCACAGAAGGUGGGACUCGAAUUUUCUCAACGCACCCACCGCAUACACGAAACACAUACACUUUCUCUGCGACCUCAUCGAUUAUCUCCCCUCUUGUACGGAUCAAAACUCUAUCUGUCUCUCUUUCUCUCUCCAGAUUGGGUUUGCUUUGUUAUAUAUUGGAUUGAAGAGUUGGGGUGUGACUUAAGCUUCUCUAUUACCUCACCUGCAUGUGAAUUCUCUCUCUCUCUCUCUCUCUUUCUCUCUACCCUUCAAUCAAUCUCUCUCUCUCUACUCUUCAAUCACCAUCUCUUUCUUUCUCUCUCUAAAAGCCAGUUUUCUUCUUGCAAAUUGUGGACUGCUUGAUUGAUUGCAUGAACUAAUGGAUCCUUCAAGUGGACAACAACAACAACAGGAAAUGUCAGCUCAUUCAAUGGACAUGCUGGUCGGCUCAAAAUCUCAACAGCAGCAGCAAGACAGGAAGCCGAGGCCUCAGCCAGAACAAGCUCUAAAAUGUCCGAGAUGUGACUCCACAAACACAAAAUUCUGCUACUACAACAACUACAGCCUCUCACAGCCUAGGUACUUCUGCAAGUCCUGCAGAAGGUACUGGACCAAAGGUGGUACCCUCAGGAAUGUUCCUGUGGGUGGAGGGUGCAGGAAGAACAAGAGAUCGUCUUCGGCGGCGAAGCGAGCUCAGGAGCAACCGCUCACACCCAAUUCCAACCCACUCCCUGCUCUAGGUUAUGACUCAAAUGACCUCACCCUUGCAUUUGCUAGGCUCCAAAGGCAGCAGUCAUGUGGUGGCCAGUUAGGGUUUGAUGAUCAUAACAUUCUUGGAAACCCUAAUUCAGCUCCUGGGUUUCUUGAUGGACUCAGGACUGGGUUUCUUGAGUCGCACAAUGGUAAUUUCCAGAACUUGUAUAACUAUGGGUUUGGGAAUGGUAAUGGGAAUUUGGGUGAGGUGGAAGAUUGUGGUGGAGGAAUGGGAAUCCACCACCCAUUUGAAGAAGCCACCACCACCACCUCAGCCACCACCGCAGUGACGGUUACAACAAUGAAGCAAGAACUGUUCAAUGCACAAAGUGAGAGCAGCAACAGAGUUUUGUGGGGGUUUCCAUGGCAGAUGAACGGUGGAGAUCAUCAUGCAAACAUGGUGGGGAAUGGGAAUCACGAGUAUGAUUCAGGAAGAGAGAGCUGGAACGGGAUUGCUUCAUCUUGGCAGCAUGGACUUCUGCACACAACUCCACUAGUGUAACAAAACCCUCGAGCAGCUAGGUUUUUUAAUUAGUGUGUUGGUGAUCAGCAAGAAACAAAAAUUAAGAGAAAGGCAUAGGUUUCAAUUUAAUUUGUUCACUUAAUUAUCAGAGACUUAAAUGUCAGUUUUAGUGCUUUUAAGCUUGUACUAAGUUAUAUAUCUUUUGUUUCUCCA